CAGCUAUCAACGCAAAUCAAAUUGCUCAAAAAUCAAGACUUAUUCUGCAAGAUAUUAGAUCCCUCACGGUGAUAUCAUCACAGCACUGACUUCGACGUCCCCAGCCUCAGAAUCCCCUUCCAUCGCGCGCACUCGAAGACCCCACCACACCCUCCUCUCCUUUUGCGACAACCCACUCAACGACUGGCAGACAGCCUUUCGACCAUCUUCCUUUUCUUUUCGUUUCUCCCAGGAGUCUUCCUGUCCUUCAAAUCACCUUUAAAUACGCCGUGUCCCCCUGAGGCCACAGCGAGGUGUUAUUUGAAGUGCCCGGAAGGUUCUCCUCCAUUCGCCACCUUUGCGACACAUGAGCUAUCUUCUCUGGAAAUAUUUCCACGAUGACGAAAUCGAACGGUUUCGGAAAUUAUUGGCACACGGUCACAACAAUCUACCCAAGAAUCAUGGUGGCGGGUCGGCAGCAGUUGGGUUGGGGUUAACAGGAAGUCCAAAUGGUGCAUACUCAACCUCUCCUCGAGUAGUGAAGAACAACAGGAAGGCCUCAGCCCAGGGCGGAAAUGCAGGAAAGGGAGCAAACCAACCCCUCAACCGAUCCGACGUCAAUAGUAGAGAUUAUGCCGGCAUAACGCUCCUCGGCCGAAUAGCUUCGUCGAAGUCCGAGGGAGCAGUCGAGUUUGGGCUAGCUUUGAUCGAACACCCAGCCAUCGAUUUAUACGCUCAGGACACGGAGAAUGGCUGGACGGCUCUACAUAGAGCUUUGUAUUUUGGAAACAUUACUCUGGCCAGAGCCAUUAUAGAAAAGGAUAGCCAGAAUCCAAGUGGCUUGGAAAGCUCGGUUCAACGUGGUCCAUUAUCUGUGAUAAAGGUAAAAGAUCAUGAAGGAAACAGCCCCUUCGAUGUUUACAAUGCAACAAUUGCCAAGCAAAGUCUUCAACGUGGAAACUUGUCCGCAGAUUAUGAUGAUGAUUCGCAGGAUGAAGAGGAAUCUGAGGACUUGAAAUCUGGCGAAGACCGGCACGCCAAUUUCCCUCUUGAUGGCGAUGAGGUGUUUGCUUGGGGAAGCAGCAAGAACUAUAACCUUGGUCUUGGUGAUAACGAUAACCGGCAGUAUCCGGAAAGGGUCUCGUUAAAACGUCCUGAUCAUCUUCUCUUUCGCUUUUUCAGAGAGUAUCUAGAAACGAUUCGAGACACCCAGGAUGCCCUCUACAACCGCUUGGCUAGUGUCAAUCCCAGAUCCGUCGAUGACCUUCCUACUCUCAUAGCUAAUCGACCUAUUGUUAUACGGGAUGUGGCACUUUCUAAAAUGCACAGUGCUAUUCUGACCGAGGACCCGGAGAGCAACUUGUUUAUGUGUGGCUUUGGCCAGGGAGGUCGACUUGGAACUGGUGACGAGAUUACUAGAUUCUCUUACGUAUGCGUCGAAGAUGGAUUCUCUGGAAAGAAGAUUGUUCAGGUUGCUUUGGGAAACAACCACUCUCUGGCUAUAGAUUCGUCGGGCAACGUCUUUGCGUGGGGCCAGAAUACCAAUGGUGUUUUGGGAUACUCUUUACCACGUCCCACUCUAAAAGACGAGGACCCUAUCAGUGCCACCCCUCGCCAGAUAUUUGGUCCAUUGAAAAAAGAGAUAACAGUUGGCGUAGCUGCAUCUGCCAUCCAUUCAGUCGCCUAUACUUCAACUUCCUUGUUCACUUGGGGUCGGAACGAAGGUCAACUGGGUCUUAUGGAUUCCGACUCUCGAAGCCUUGAGGUACAAGUAGUUCCACGUAGGGUUGCGCCAUCUCUUUUCAAAGCCCCAAUCGCCAUGGUUUCAGCAAUCAACAGGGCUACAAUUGUACUCCUCGAAAACCAUAGCGUUUGCGUGUUUGCAAAUUAUGGCUACAAAUUCCUUAAAUUUCCUCCCAAUGAGGUCUUCAAUAACUACGGCAUCCAAUCCAAUACUCUAACAACCCGGUACGAUACGCGAGCUGACAAUAUUACCAGCAUCACAGCCGCUGGUGAUACAAUUGCCGCCUACUCUACAGAGAGUUUGUUUACGGUCAAUGUUGGUGCUGUUGAUGCAAACUCUACCACGAGCACCACUAAUCCUUCAAAGAUAAGAGACUCAUUACCCGACCCACAACGAGUGUGGUCUUUGCGUAAAGGCCAUUGGGAUGGUAUAAAAUCCGCGUCUGUCACUGAGGACGGUUCCGUCAUUGUGUGUACCCAAGCGGGAGCAGUCUGGAGACGAGUGAAACGCACAAAAGUCAAGAAUGCCUUUGCUGGGACGGAAACCUUUCAUCGCAAAGAUUUCAAGUUUCAAAGAGUUCCGGGUCUCGCAAAUGUUGCUGCUGUAAGAAGCACGGCUUUUGGAGUGUAUGCUGCAAUUCGAAAGGAUUGUGAUGUUACCAAAACGCAAAUUAGUGUCAACGACCAGACUUUGUGGGAAGAUUUGAAGCCACUACUUAGUUUGCGUGAUCUCGAAGCUCCUGAGCCUUUAAGCGGUGUCGAUACAGUUUCUCCACGUUUCUGGGCACCGGCGCUACCAAAGGAUCUUUUAGAGCCUUUGAAAAGUGCUGUUUUGACGUCUGAGGAUCUCGAGGUCGACGUAAGGUAUGUGUGACGUUUUUCUAGUUACGUCUUGAUUCAGUUUUGAGCGUGGAUUCUCAAUAUAUUGCCGGGCGUGCUCUAAAGAGUUUGAUGAUGCUUGAUCCAGAUUGCAUCAAGUGAUGAGUGUCUAUGGCGCUUCAAACCAACCUAUUUUAUGCCGAUUGAAGUUUCAAUACGCAUCAGGAGGUCUGAAUUUGGGUUUGCAUGUUUACCGAAUUAUCUACUAACCUUUAAUUGUGAAGUCGGCAUUUGAUUGGGCAUACCGGUGGAUAUGACAUGGACAUUGCCACCACAACUUCCGAGAUAUCGAUCCCCACGCAUGGAUUCAUUUUGGGGCGAAGCUCAGUGCUUCGAAUUGCUCUCAGAAUUUUUCGCAAUAACGGACAAGCAAGUGUUCCGGAUAUUCUCGUUAUACAGCCAGCGUUGAUUGGCGAACGACCAAGGAUAGUUUUUCAAGGUCUGGACUUCAUCUCGAUUGCUAUUUUGGUGGUAUACCUGUAUAGCGACACAGUUAUCGAUAUUUGGAACUAUACCCGCCACCUCCCGAAAAUGGCUUUCAGAUACAGACAAAUUCGCAUCGAACUCAUGAAAACUGCAGCUCAUCUCAAAACAACCAAACUUGAAUCGUCGGUUCGUCUCAUGACGACGCCGGAACGUCGAAUGGAUCUUGAUUUGGGCCUUGCUUUUGAUGAUCCAAGGUUCUUUGACGAUGCAGACACUAUUAUUGAACUGGACGAUGCUGAAAUGGCUGCCCAUAGCCCUCUGCUAUGUCGAAGAUGUCCCUUUUUCGAUGGACUAUUCAACGGUCGUGCAGGUGGACAGUGGCUUGCUAGUCGACGAGAGGAUAAUUCAAAUAUUGUUAGGGUCGAUUUGAAACAUAUCGAUCCCAAAGCAUUCCGACUUGUGCUACGCCAUCUCUAUACUGAUAUUGGAACGGAACUGUUUGACCACGUCGUUUCCAGUGAUCUUGAUGAGUUCUCUGACCUUGUCAUGGACGUUAUGGCUACAGCAAAUGAGCUCAUGAUUGACCGAUUAUCUCAAAUUUGCCAGGAGGUACUUGGUCGGUUUGGUAAGUAACACGCUUCCCGUUCUAAAUUUUCACUAAUCUUGUACGCAGUCAAUGUUCGAAAUGUGUGCUAUUUGUUGAACUCCGUGGCUUUUUGUUCCGUGGCUGAAUUCAAAGACUCAGCACUCGAAUAUAUAUGUUUGCAACUGGAAUCUCUCCUGGAGAACCACUGGUUGAACGAACUUGACGAAGAGCUGCUUGAGGAACUAGAUGAUGUAGUUCGGAAGAAUCAAUUAGCCUGCCUGAAGUAUGCUAAGAGUGGGACUUUUGAGCUCAUGCUACAUGAACGGAAUCUUGACCUAGUAGUCGAUAUUGAAGAGGAACGGCAGCGCAGGAUUCGAGACAUGGCUUUCCGAGCAAGUCUCAAAAACGAUGACAAUCGACUUUCCUCGUCAAUGCGGGCAGGGCGUAUUGGAAGUCUGGAUGAUUCUGUCGUAGGAUCACCCAGUCAGGAAAAGAAGCAAAGAAAGGCAAAGACGACCAGAAAUGAGCCGUUUAGUCCAACCAUUCGACCCAAAGACUCUACUCAAGAUCUCAUGUUUGACAUGGAGGAUGACGAGCUCUUACCGUCUGCUCUACCCAAAAUACCGACUUCAACAGACUCAGGUAAUGCCGACAACCACGAUGGUCCUUGGGAAGGUCGCGAGCCAAGAUCACUCGCGGAAAAGGAGCAACUAUCCUACGACCAUUUGGCGUCUCCAAGUUUGGGUGACAAAGAGAACAAGAAAUCGCCGUCGCCCGCAGCGACCAAAAGCUGGUCAUCGCCGCCAUUGCCAUCCUCAAAACUCGGACUGAAAGAGAUUAUGGCACAAGCAUCCUCCACUCGUACCUCCAAUCUUUCAAUGAGUCUUUCUAUUCAAAAAGCACGAGAAGAUUCAAUCAAGAAGGAGAGCCUCUCGAAGCUUUCACAAAGGGAAAAAAAGCAAAUACAGAAAGCGCAGCAAGAAGCUAUUGCCCAACCUCUGAUAAUUGUGGGAAAGGUUGGCGAGAAGCCGUCUUCGCCUUGGCAGGUCGCUGCCAGAGGACCAAAGACAUCUCUGAAAGAUGUUCUCAGUGGAGAGCCAACUUCCUCCUACCUUAUCGCACCAAGUCCAAAGUCUCUCGCCUCCCCCACCCCGUCUAGAGAAAUAAGACGAACCGCAUCACCUGACACGAGGUUCCCAGGACAACAGAGGAGCGUCAGUUUUAGUACACUAACCAAACACUCUCCCGUCCCUGGACCCUCAACUCAAACGUACAAAAAGCCCGAACCACCACGUCCUCUCGUUCCGCACUCGAAAUCUUACAAGACGCCCACCCCACAAGCCGAGCCUGCUCUCCAGCUGUCCAUGUCCGAUAUCAUCGGCCAGCAGCGAAGGGAACAGGAAGUCAUCAAGGAAUCCGUGGCCAAGAGGAGUCUGCAGGAGAUCCAGGAGGAGCAGGCGUUCCAAGAGUGGUGGGAUCAGGAGUCGAAGAGAGCCCAGGAGUUGGAGGCUGCUAGGGUGGCGAAAGCUGGUGGUUCUUCGACUGGAACUGGGUCUGGAACUGGGUCUAGGAGGGGUGGGAAAGGGAAAGGGGGGAGAGGGAGAGGUGAUGGUGGGGGAGGAAGAGGUGAU